AUGCCUCAGAAACACCAUCGUAUCGAUUUCACGCUUCUCAGACGGCGCCGGAACCUCUCGUCGACCUCGUCGUCUGAUCUGUCUCCCACUGUUCCUGUCCUCGAGUCACCAAUUACCUUUCACGCCAUAGCGUCACAGAGUGUCUCCGAGGCAACACUAAAGCAGAGCGGACUAAACAGAGCCCCAGUUAAGCCGUCCAUGUUCUUUGAAGACAGGGAAGAAGACGACGAUGGAUCAGCUCCUAAUCUCACAUCACCACGUGCAGUACAUAGGAGCAGUGACGAGGACAGGCCGUUGACUCAACCAAAGAGUCAAUUCUUCGACAAUUCAUUCAGCUCUCGUAGCCCUUGGGUGUCCCCGAGUGCUCGAAUAAACCAAGAUUCCUUCGUCGUGAUCGAAAUCAAGUUGAAUAUAGGUGUCAAAGACGAGGAGUCCGUUGUCUCGAAGAUCACCACUAAAAUGGCACAGAUUUACCAGAGAUCUGAGUCUUUUAUGAUAGUCACCAUACAGCAAAUUCCAACCCUCCGGUUUGGCAGUUCAGCACUACCAUCAUACUCAAUGAAGCUCUAUGCCCUUCCCUAUCUCAUUGCACCCAUCACAAAUCUUCGCAGCACGAUACUCAUUCAAGCAGCAUUAGAUGACAUCCUACAUAUCGCGCCAUCGCGAGGAAUCAUUCUCUAUAUUCCAAUUCCAGAGGAGAAUAUGGCAACGAAUAGCACAACGAUGAUGGGUGAAAUUGCCCGUCUAGAGCGCGAUAUUGGAGCCCGGGAGCCUCGAAUUUUCAAGUCUCUCUCUCGAUCCUUGAGCAGGAGGAAGAAAUCUAGUAGCGGCGUGAGCGCACCUUUAUCUGUUGCCACAACAUCGUCAUGGGCUGCCACAAGCGAUGUACAAGAGCCAAAACCAGUUACAGCCUCAGAGUCCGAGGGUGCCAAUGCCUCUGGCGAAGGUAAUUCGAGGCCUGGAAAGACUGGAAGGACUUUGCGACUCUUUGUUUCCCGUCGAAGUCCGGAGCGUUCGCGUUCAGGUGAUGAUGAGUAG